AUGUCAGUAUUCGAGCCUAAAGUAGUCCUCAACCUCCUCAAAAACUUGGCAGCCAUCUCGCCUAUUGAUAAAAAUGCCUUUGAGAAAAGCUGGACUGUAAACGUUGAAAAACGAGUCAGCAUAUGGAAAGAGUCCCGUAACCAUAAGAACCACCCACGUCCAGAGUUUCAGUUGAGGUGGGAGGCCGAGGUCGUCGAAUAUGUGCAGUGCCUAUGGGAGAAGAGUCGACCUCGAUCAAAGAAAAUCGAGCCUACAUAUAAGUUAGGCCUCAAUAUCCCAUUGCUCGGGCCUCAAUUCGUGCCCCCAUCUUACAUACAUAUUCAAAAGCGCUCGGGACUCGGACAUCAAGACAUUGAGCCAGUAACACAGUACAUCAAACCCUUCAAUGUCAUUCACCCAUUUUACUACCCACAGCUUGCCACCUGUCCUCGAUGCGGCUCUGACAAGGAGACCACCUGGGAAGGGUGGACAAGCACGGGGCCACGCGAACUCCAUGGUCUUAUCUGUGAAGAGACAGCACUCGGCGCCCAACUUUGA